GCGCAUGUGCGACGCUCGGAAGCGCGCGUUACGUAACAGAUGAAACAUGAAACAUCUUUUAAGUGUGCUGUUUUAAACGCGAUUUUGUGCUCCAGGAUUGGUUAUUUUAAUCAAUCGUUGUGAGUUUUGGCUGAAGUUGUGCUAUGGAUCUGCUGGUUUGCUAAUUAGCCGAUUUUGAACGGAAGAAGCGCGAGCGCCUCAGAACUUCAGGAUGAAGCUGCAGUGUGAUGUGGAGGUUGUUAAUCGGAUGUUACCGACAUUCGGUCUGAAGAAUAAAGGCAAAUCCAGCCGCGCGGUUUUAUCCAUCGGGAAGCACGUGGACAGAAGCUCCCAGAGCAGCAGUCUGUAUCUACUGAUCUGCACUGCCAAAGACAGGAGCGGCUCCAAAUACAAGCUGAAGGAGAACAUUGAGAAGUUCUUCACCUGGUUUGUGGAAGAAGGCAAAGCCACGGUUCGACUGAAGGAACCUGCGAUCGACAUCUGUCUGAGUAAAGCCGACACCAGCAGCUUGAAGAACUUCCUCUCGGCCGCCCGACUGGCACACAGAGGAAGUGACACGGACUCCCUCCCGCUGUCCACCCUCGGCCCGGCCCGCGCCCGCGACGUGGAGAAACCCAAGAAGAAGCUCAGCAUUCUUUCUAAGAAGGAUUAUCCGCUCACGGCCAGCUUCCCGUAUUCCCUGGAGCAGCUGCAGGUGUCGUACUGCAGACUGUCGCGGGUGGACAUGCGCAUGCUGACGCUGCGGUCGCUGCGCCGGCUGGACCUCAGCAACAACCACAUCAAGAAGCUGCCGUCCACCAUCGGGGACUUGAGCUGCCUCGCCGAGCUCAUCCUUCACAACAACCACCUGGAGAGCUUCAGUGACGCCCUAUGUGUGUCCACUCUUCAGACGUCACUACAGCAUCUGGACCUGAGCCAGAACCAGCUGACAGUCCUGCCCGCUCGCUUCUGCCAGCUGCGGCACCUGGUCAACCUCAAACUGGACGAUAACAAACUGACUCGGCUCCCGUUUCACAUCGGCCGGCUCUCGAAGCUGCGCUUCCUGUCCGCUGCUCAUAACCAGCUCUCUGUACUUCCUGCUGGCUUCAGAAAUCUGUGCCUGGAGAACUUGGACCUGUUUGGUAACCCGUUUACUCAAGCCAAUGGUCUGGAGCACACGAUCAGGCUCACGUUCCCGCUGACGCUGCAGGAGCUGACAUCACGCGCCGUGGUCGACCUCAGAAUCCCGCAUGGCCCUCACCUCGUGCCCUACCAGGUGUGUGACGAGCUGGACUUCUGUAAAGCGUGCGACUGCGGCCGAUCGUGUGUGAACUCCUUCAUCCAGACGGCCGUCAGCAUGAACCUGCACCUGGUGUCUCACACCGUGGUUCUGGUGGACAACAUGGGCGGCACCGAGGCUCCGGUGCAGAAGCACUUCUGCUCCCUCAUGUGUUACUGUGAGUUCAUGGACAGCUGUGUGCAGCGCGACCUGAGAUGACCAGCUUCCGCUCGUCGUAUGAGAUGUAGCUUCACGGAUGCAGGUCAUAGUGAGCGCUGCUUCGUGUUUUCAGUGUUUGUGUGUUUAUUCUCUUUUACCUUUUUUUCAUGAGUUUUGUCGAAAAGAACUUUGCUUUGUGAAACAAAUAAAAUUUAUCAAAACAAAGAAA